AUGCCUAGAGAUAAAUCGUCAUGGCAACCGUCACAGAAGCGUCAAAGAGCUACUAAACAGAACAAAGGCCCAAUUCCUCUACCGACUGAGAAAGGCUACCAACAAGACAAUGCCAUCUCGACUGCUGUCCAGCAGUCUCUGUUAAAUGUCUUUCGCGAUGCGUGUAACAAGGGCUCGCCUGCUGAGCUUGAAAAUCUGCUGCAAGAGGUAAAGGGUCACCUCUUCAAUCGCGACUUUGCCACCGCCUUUGGAAAGGACGAGUAUCUCGAGGCAUAUGCUGCAAGGUGGAGUCCGAGCAGAGCAUUGGGUUAUGCUCAGAUCUUCUCUGACCUCACUCCUGAAAUUGCUGAGCUACUUGAUCAGAAGACAUCUGACCUCAAGGCGCCAAUUCAGGAUGAAUCAGAGCUAUCAGAGCAAGUCGAAGCCAAAUUGACCCUGGAAGGAAGUGCAGACUCGUCAAAACCUCUGAACGUCGUCUGUCUAGGUGGUGGAGCAGGUGCUGAAGUUGUUGGUCUUGCUGGCUGGCUCAAGCAUCUCAGAUACAACGCACCUUCAUUUGAUGACAAGCCUCACGCUGACAUAUCCAAUCUCGACAUCUUUGGUGUCGAUGUUGCCCGAUGGGACAAGGUCAUGCAAGAUCUGCACCAAGGUGUCAUCACCCCUCCGUUCCUGUCCAAGUAUGCAUCUGCUGCUGCAAAGGCCGCCAAUAUGGCCGUGCUCCCUCCAGAAGUCUUCAAUGUACGCUUCAAGCAGCAAGAUAUCCUCGACACUGACGCUGCUGGAGUCGCUGAUCUGCUCGCCAACAGCGACAUCGUUACCAUCAUGUUUACAUUGAACGAGCUGUACAGCACCUCUGUAGCAAAAACCCAGAGGCUUUUGUACUCAUUGACAGCUUCGAUGCGUCCUGGGACAUUGUUGCUGGUCGUAGACAGUCCUGGAAGCUACUCUACCGUCACACUCAACGGUGCCACGCAAAAGUACCCUAUGCAAUGGCUACUCGACCACACAUUGUUGUCGCCNAAAAAGAAUGCAGAGAAGGGCUCACCUGCCCAAUGGAAAAAGCUGGUGUCUGACGAGUCCAGAUGGUUCAGGUUGCCUGAUGAGGAUCUCAAGUACCCGAUCGACCUCGAGAACAUGCGUUACCAGAUCCAUCUAUACCAAAGACAGGACGAGAAGCAGCAACAAAAGCAAGACCAGCCGGAGUAA